GAGAAAGCACUGCCAUUCAAAGUUUUGGAUAAGAUAAUCAAGUUAUAAGAACAUUGAACAUUGCUUGGUGGAAAGGAACCUGACAGAAACAAUGAAGAGUACACUCUCACUAGAAACCCAGCACUUUUAUCUUCCAAAGCUUUCUUCAUGGGAUUCAAUAUCGCCAACAAUCCUCCCUACAAUCAUCAAAACCCAGAAACAAAACCAACCCUUGUCAACAUGGAAACUUCAAGCCAAUGCCAAAGGAUUUUCCAGCACACCACAGGCUACCGUGAAAGAAAACACUGCCAAAAAAAGCUCAAAUAACAACAACAAGAAGAACGAGGACGAGGAAAUUCCCCAGGUAGUGUUUGAGAGGAUGAUAGCAAGGAUUUUGGUAUCUGUGGGAGUUCCAAUGGCCACGGGUCUGGCUUUACUGCACCUAUUUGGUGUAGCGAAAGAGCAAAACUUAUGGGAUGCGCCGUUGUGGCUGCCAUUCUUGACUACAUUAAUUACUUUUGGGGCAUCAACGCUUGGGAUUGCUUAUGGGACUUUGUCUGCGAGUUGGGACCCAAAGAAGAAGGGUUCUUUGCUGGGACUGGAAGAAGCUCAACGCAAUUGGGUUGAAAUGUGGAAAGAAGAAAAUAAUGGGCAGUGGUGAUUGGUGCUUUGCUCAUCACACAUUAGAUCAACAUCAAGCCGAUUGCCUCUAGUAGUACUUCUCCAUUACGACAUCAAGUAUGUUCCUUGCUUUGUGCUGUUGGACAAAAACGGAUUGGCACUGGCAAAGACCGGUAUCCCAAGUAGUCGACUCCAUGUAAUCGCAGGCCUCUCUCAUCUUCUCAAGAUAAAGCGUCCUACAUCCGAUGGGUAGCUCUUGCCCGCAUCAAUGAAAGUAUUUUUAGUCUCGUAUUUACAGUGCCUUAGUCCUUUACAUGAAGAGUUAGAAACCAACAUGUUAACUACUGUUA